AUGCUCGCCUCGGCCCUCGCCGCUACCAGCGUAUCCACAGCCUCACCCGUCGAUUCCGGGGCCGUCGACACUUGCGACACUUAUCGAGCUUGUGGGUUAUUCACUGAGCCUUUGUCCGAGUGGGAUUGUCAAAAGUGGCAGGCGAUCGGGGACCUACACAAGGACGAGCUCGAGGCUACAACAGCUGGGAAUGCGACAAUCGAAGGAGAGACAUUGGAGAAACGAUACCCUUGCUCGCAGUGUCCAUCGUUCUGCGCCUUUGCAAGAGGUACCGAAAUAGGUUCCAUUGGCCUAUGGUCGGCUUGCAUAGGUACCUGUUACGUCACCUGCUAUUAG